AUGACGUCUCAUUGUGUAUGUACAUUUUAAUUUUCGUCGAAAAAUGCUUUAAAUACGAUCGAUGCGCCAUUGCAUUUAUCGUGCGGUAGUAUUAUGUUUUUAAGAUUCUUUCAGAAUGUUACUAUCCCUAAAUGAAGUAUUUCUGGACUAAAUUUUGUUCAAAACGUGUUUGCGUGAUAUUCAAAAUGGCGGACUUGUCCUCGCAUGUGAUCUAUAAACAAAGUUGAAGCAAGCUCAUGGCAAAAUUGAGGCAAAACAGUAUAACUUUUAUUAACUGCGAUAAUUCUAAGGAGGAGCAUUUACGGGAAGCGGCAAAGUUCGCAGGUAAAGAAGAUAUCGAUGUCGUUUGGAUCCAUGCGAAGGAUGUGCAAUCUACAGGUUUUGACAGUUCUUCUGUGAUAGUGCUGGAUCCGUUUGAAGGCAAACACUUUGACUAUUUAAAGUCAAAAAAUUGCCGGAUAUUUGGACCACAAUGUAUUAUUACUUGUMUUGAARCCCGAAAACCAUUACCAAGUCCUUCUCAUCCUGUUUACAGUCUCAGUAUGGAAGGAGUGUUUGCUUGCUGUAGCAGCGUUGCUAAAAGUGAUAGACAAAAACUACAUUCAUUUGUACAGCUGAUGGGAGGAGURAUAAUUAGGGAUUUUACAGAUGCUGUAACUCAUCUUAUUGCUGGAGAAGUUGGUUCUAAGAAGUAUGUUGUUGCAUGUAGCGAGGGGAAGAAGAUCAUGUUACCAGACUGGGUUUAUGCUGUUUGGGARGAAGGGAARGACAAACAUGUAUUGGCCACWGAUGAGMAAUUUGAUAAGUAUAAAUGCCCAAUAUUCAAAGGGUGUACUAUUAGUGUAACUGGUCUUGAUGCCGCUACUCGUCAAGAUGUCAAACAGCAAUGCAAUGCUAAUGGRGGAACAUACUCCGGUGARUUAAACAUGAAUACAUGUACUCACCUACUUGUCAAUGUACCCAAAGGAGACAAAUAUGAAUUUGCCCGCAAGUGGAGUAUACAUUGUGUUUCAACGCAGUGGUUUUAUGAUUGUGUCAAAUCUGGAUUUUGGUUGGAUGAAAGUAGCUAUGAAACUCUUGCAGAUGAAGAAUCACAACUCUCACAACCAGGCUCAAGACUUCAURUCAGUCAAACAGCUAGCUCUACUGUUUUGUCUACCAGAUCAAGAACAAGUCARUCAAACACAAAAGCUGCACAGGCUGCAUACAAAAGUGCUCAGACACGUGGAGAUGGAGGAUUGAUCGCUGAUAACAGAACUAAAGGAAACACAACUUUGACAUCUGAUGGUACAUCAAAGAGUUCAUCUUCAUUGCMAGACUUGGAUCUUACUUUCAAUAUCAUCCCAGGAUGUAUGUUUCUUGAUGGUUGUAAGAUCUUUUUGAGUGGGUUUGAUGGUGUUGUGUUAGAUAAACUAAGAAARGCUAUCAAUGCAGGGGGUGGAACAAGAUUUAAUAUGAUCAGUGAAAUUGUCUCUCAUGUUGUYAUUGGACAGAAAGUAGCAAAUGAUAUUGACAUCUUACAGAAGUGUGAAUUUCACCCCUACAUUGUUACUGCACAUUGGAUUAUCGACUCGGCAAAGAAUGGRAAGCAGAUGUCUGAAGAAGACUACAUUCAUCCAGAUUUCAAGUUAGAUACAGAGAAAACUCCAAGUUACAAAGAAAACAAGAAACCUACAAACAGCAAUGCAUCAAAGUCUAACAAUGUCAGCCUUAAAACUAGCAAAAAGUCUUCUAACAAGCAACAGAAGUCCCUCAGGGCUGAGAUUGAGGAUGARCUUGAYGAUGAUGAAGUAUUCAUGCAAUAUACCUCACAAAUUGAUCARCAAACAAAACCUGCUUCAMYUCAGCAACACAAGGACUCAACUGUCAAUCAACWUGAUGRUGAUGAUGAUGAUAARACUGACGAUGAUGAUACAACSAUUGAUGACARUAGGCUACUGGCAGGACUCAGUUUCGUCAUUAUGUCAUUUUCUGGUGAACAAGUUGCACAUCUAGAAAAGCUUAUUGAAGAUAAUGGUGGUGAUGUUUCUACAGAGAAGRAAGUAGACUAUGCUAUUCUACCCAUGAAUGUUGUGUGCUCAGAUAAGAAUGCAGCAAAAGAAAUAGUGACAUUUUGCUGGCUGGAGCAAUGUCUACAAGACAAUACUCUAUUGAAUCCUGACAGUAGUUUCCUGUUCAGAUGUUUUCUUAUACCUGAAGAUAUCUCCCCGUUGAAAGGAUGUGUUCUGACAAUAAGUCAAUAUCUUGGUGUUGAGAGAGAUCACCURAUGCAGCUAGCAGAGCUACUAGGUGCCAAGUGUCAAGAGCAUUUUGUCCAUAAAGCUAACAUGAAAUACUUAGCAAGCACCCAUCUACUAUGUCAAGAACCAGAUGGUAGUAAAUAYCAUGCWGCAUUGAAGUGGAAUAUCCCUACUGUCAACAAACAAUGGCUUUUUUCUUGUGCAAAGAAUCUAUCAUUACAACCUGUAGAAAAAUAUCCUGUCAKUAAUGAAAUUGUACACACAGUCAGCCCCAGUAAAGAAGAAAUGUCUACAGUACAGAACCACAAAACAGCAAAUCCUGAAAAAGUACCUAAGUGUAGUUUGGAAAAGGCAGGAGAAGGGAGUAGAACACCCAUAGGAAGACAACAGCAACAGACAUCAACUGAUCCACAGGCAUCCAAUACUGCAAUUCAAUUGCUUAAGAAGCCUUUUAGACCAUCCUUUGAUUUAGCUGAUGCUAUGGAGGAACUGGAGUCUCCUUUAGUCCCUAGUUUACGGUCCAGGAAAAGUCGUGCCAGUCGUAAUAGCUUUCCUUUAGAUGACUUUUUCCAGGAACACAUUCAACAGGCUGUUAAAAGGACUGGUAAUCUUGGACCUGGUGUGUCUAAUUUAGUCAAAGGUGAUCAGGACGGCAGUGAUUAUGGUGAAGAUAAUAAGGAAAAAGAACAAGAAGAAAGAGGAAUUUUGCAUGGUGUUGUUCUAGCAGUUAGCAAGAAACUGCACARCCAGCAAACAGAACUGUAUGGUAUUGCCUCAAGUCUUGGGGCUGAUUAUAGAUGGGUGUUUGACAACUCAUGCACCCACCUAAUACAUCAGGGCAGAACCAAUGAUACAACCAAAGAAUACACUACUGCCAAAGAGCAUCAUAAAAGCAUUGUCUCACCUCAUUGGCUGCAUGCUUGCGCUGAGGCGAAUGAAAGAGUUGAUGAAAAACUUUACCCUCAUACAUACAAUCCCAAGUUGUCUUUACAAGGGGUGACCAAAGGUCGUAGACUCACUAGGUCUUCUAAGACUGAGCUUGAUGUCACUAUUCAAAAUGGUUCCAUGGUCAUUGAACUGCAAGGUGGAAAACAAGAGAAGCAAAGCAGUGAAGAUAGAAUUACGACUGAUAGCAGUAGUCGUUUUAGUGAAGAGUCCAAAGGGAGUAAARACACUUCACAGAAGAAUGAUAGUGAAACMUCAGAUCCUAAAGACGACCUACAAAAACAAAUUGAAAAUUUCAUAUCCGCACAACAGAAGGGUGUAAGAAGUCGUAGGAGAAGUAGAAGGCAGACAUCAACCAGUAGCUGUAGUAACCCUCACAAUUCUGUUAUUCCUUCAUGUGAAGGUGAAAACGACAGUAGAACAACUAGUAUGUACUCUUCAAGACUAAGAAACCGUAAUUAUGAUCAGAGAGAGUCGGACCCAAGAAAUGGUCGUCAUCAAUCAGAYGAAGCUGAACAUUCCCAAAGUGACACCAUAACUUAUGAUGACCCUGCUGGUAGACUGGAGAGAGAACGUAUCAUGGCAAGAAUGAAAGGAAAUAGUCCCAGUCCUACUCCUGAUGAUUUGACAGAUGAUCCUGAUCAUAAUGAUGAUAAUGAUAUUGAUGAUAACAAAGUGGGUGAAGAAAUAGCCAAUGCAGCUAAGGGACAUGCAAGUUUAGAGGAACAAAUAAAUGCCAACAACAGUAAAGAUACUGACUCAUCUCAGUCAACACAGACCCCUGAAGCACCUCCAUUAGCUCUUCAUUUGAAAGAAGUGAACAAACCUACACCACAGAACUUACUUAAGGAUCUAGAUGAAAGUCCAUCCAAAGUUCGUCAAGAAGUGUUGAAGUUCCAAUUGUCUGCCAUGACACCCCAAGAAAAGACUGAUUAUUCUUACUUGAUAGAAGAGCUUGGUGGGGUGGUGUAUGAUACACAGUAUUUUAAGACAGAUUGCUCUCAUGUUGUUGUUGGAAAGCCUAACAGGAAUGAGAAGUACUUAGCAGCAAUGGCAGCAGGCAAGUGGGUUCUUCACAAGUCGUACCUUGAAGACAGCAGACAAGCAGGKUAUUUUGUUGAAGAGGAACCUCAUGAAUGGGGAACUGAUGUACCRGGAGAACAACCCAACAAACUUGCGCUAGCAGCAAGAAGAUGGAGACURAAACUYAAAGAACAAAGACAGAUCUCUGAUGAUAAGRACCUCGGYGCGUUCAGYGGUUGGCGUGUAUUACUCUGCGUAGAUAAACAACGUCAAGCAGGUUUUAAGAGGCUUCUUGAGGCGGGAGGAGCUUGUGUAGUUGGUAGUCGUCCACCUUUCAAUAGCAUCGACAAUGUYUCACAUGCAUUUGUUGAUUCUAAUAAGAUGAAACCAGGUACUCUGGACAUCGAUAGCUUGUAUAAUGCUGGUAUCUGGCUGGUUAAACCUGAUUACAUUGCCGAGUUCUUGAUGCAUGAYCCAGARCCACAUCCAGGGCGUUACCUAAUCCCUGAAGCAGCGAGGCUAGCGGACCCUAACACUUCAGUCCAGAGAAAAAGAAAAGGMGACGACAUGUGUACUGACGAGAAGAGAUUACGUAUGGAGUGAAUCGUGAUGAUAUCUUGGAGUUACUAUAGAAUCUGUUAUAUUAAUAGAUUAUUUGGAUAUCAGUCAUAGUUUUUUAUUGAUAAAUAGUCUUAACUUUUCAUUUAGUAGAUUGGUAGAGUGCUCGCACUAAAUGCAUGAAAUAUAACUACUACAAAAUAGGUGAUAAAUUAUACAAAUUCCUUUGUUUCCUAUUGCAUAAUCAACACUAUUUAGUAGUAAUUAGUACUAUUUGUUUCACGCUUUAAGUGCGAGCACUCUACUAAGAAUAAUAAUGAUAGAUUGAGUUUCAUAAUAUAAAGUUUAUAUUGACAUCACUGGACUUCAAUAUUGUGAUAGUUAAUGUGUGCUCCAAGUUGACCCCCAAAUCUUACUCACUCAGUAGAGGUCGAGUGGACUACAACUUGAUAACCUAACAAUCGUCCACUUCUUUUUCUAAAAUCRAGAAGCAUUUGUCAUUCACAAACUUUUGUACAUAACGAUUUUAARAUUGUAUUAAACUUGUUAUUAAAUGUAUGUCAUAACUC